GGUGGUUUUGCAUCCAUGCAUCCAAUACCAGGUCCACAUUAGGUCCUUUUCAUCUCUCUUGAUGACUCACUCGCUGCUCCUUGUGUUCUGCCUGUCUGGAAUAAGACUUUGAUUUCAUUCUUUUUGACCCAAAACAAAACACUCCUUACGAGUGAGUACAUACGUGGGCAAAAAAGUCACAGAUCCAAAGUGGCCUUUAGUGAAAUCUGUACGACCAUCGACCUAUACGAAAAAGGUACAACCUUGCGAGGGAGAGAGAGAGAGAGAGAGUUGCAUACCCUCUUGGUAACAACCAACACGGUGUCAACGGACUAUCUCGGACCUUUUCUUGGGGGGUCUUCAAUCUUCCUGCCUAAUCUUGAAACACAUUUCCGAUUGCUUCAAAUUCGAGACAUCUUUCCGUACAAGAAGUCCAAGGUGCUCAAAGAGAGAACAACAUUGCGACUUUCGGCAUAUUCAAGUUCCCGACUGGUUUUUCCCACCAAGAAGUAAGUACUCGCAUUGUGUGUACUGGACACUCUGUCAAGUAAAAAGCAACGAUAUAACGACCGUACAGUAAGGAACUCGGUACACCCUUGUACGAUCAUCAGUGAUUUUUCAACCAAAGAACACCAUAAACUUGUUCUCCGGAAAGAUUAUCUCAUUAUCAUCACCACCAUCACCACCACCACCACCACCAACUUCAACUCUCAUCAACAAAUGGCGACCACAAAGAACCAAGCGGACCCGACGUUCCGCAACUACACGGCCACGUCCGCACAGUCGUACGCCAAAAACCGACGAGGCUACCCGGACGAGCUGAUCUCACUCGUCAUCGACAGACACACGUCGAGUGGGGGUCGACUCGACGUCCUCUUGGAUCUCGGGUGUGGCCCUGGGACCGCCACUCGGUCCCUGGCGCCUCGCUUUCGACACGCCGUGGGUGCCGACCCGGGUCGGUCCAUGAUCGAGACCGCGCGCACCGUCCCCUGCGUCACGGCCUCGGGGGAACCCACCACGUUUGUCGUCUGCGCCUCCGACUCGAUCAGCUCGAUCGACGCGCUCAAACGGUUUUCCUCCGACGGGACCACGCACAACACGGUCGACUUGAUCACCGCGGGCACCUCGGCCCACUGGUUCGACUUUCCCGACUUUUACGUCGAAGCGUCCAAGAUCCUCCGACCGGGUGGGAGCAUCAUCAUGUGGUGCACAAAGGGGUACUAUGUCGACGAACGUACCACGCCCAACGCGGCCAAACUUCAGCAGCUGUGGCAAGACUUUGAAGACGUCGUCCUCAAGCCUUACGAGAUGGAAGGAAACAGACUCACGAGGGGGCUGUACGCCGACCUCCCCCUGCCCUGGAGCGAAUACCCUGCCGAUGAGAACCUGGACGACCAGGGCCGGGCCCUGCUGGGUGCUUUCCAAAAGUCGGAAUUCUCCAGGCAGGUUUUCAACGACGGGGGUCACAUCGGACCGGACGGGAAAUUCCUGAUGAGCCGCCGAGCCACCUUUGAACAGUCCCGGGCCAUGUUGGGCACGGCGAGUCCCGUGACCAGGUGGCGCGAGGCCCACAAGGAACAACUCGAACGUGGAGAGGUGGAGGACCUGGUGGACAAAGUGUUCAGGGAGUCCGUGGAACUGUUGGAGGAGGUGCCCGAGGGGAGAGGGAGGGAUUGGGUCGAAGGUGGUUCCGCCGUGGUCGUCAUGACCAUAAAGAAAAAGAAGGAGAGUGCCUAGGACAAGGAUGGAUGGACGGAUGUGAGGAUUGAUAACUCCCUAGGUAGGUACGCAGACACCUUGGGUCAGACUUCCUUGGGACUUCCCAAGGAAUUGCGUUCGGGAUUAGAUGUUUGUUUAUUUUCGUCCAUUGAAGGAAUAAUCAGAGGGACAUCAGAUGGAUAAAGUAUUGCAACAGGUCAUGAUCAUAUUUGAUGAAGAUGAGUUUCUGUUUUUUUGAAGACUUUGAAUUAUGUCAAGGUCCAGGUCAAGGACCCCCUAAACAUAUCCAAG